AUGUGGAGAAUAGGAAUUGGUUUGGAAGAAUUGGACUUUGAUAUAGUUCACCAAGAAAAGACUAAACUUUCCUUCGAUUACUCAACCAUGCAGCACCACCACAUGUCCGGAUACUACAAGGCGCUAAACAUUUUGAUGAAAUCGCCAGUUACUGACGAUAUGGUCAGAUUUUUAACUAAUACUACGCUUAAGGUUUUACCACAGUGUAAUUAUCCAACACCACCAGGCUCGCCUAACAAGCAGGCUUCAAAAUUACCAUCGCUAAUGAGUUUUAUCAGCAGAUUGGUCAGACACACAAACGUAUACACAUCAACAUUAUUAGUGACAGCAUGUUACUUGAACAGGUUGAAAUGUAUUUUACCAAAAGACGCAUCUGGUUUGCCAUCCACUAUCCACCGUAUGUUCUUGGCAUGUUUGAUUCUAAGCGCUAAAUUUCACAACGAUUCAUCACCUUUGAACAAGCAUUGGGCAAAAUACACUGAUGGACUUUUCAGUGUUGAAGAUGUCAAUCUAAUGGAAAGACAAUUGGUUCAAUUACUAAAUUGGGAUCUUAGAGUGACAAAUGAUGAUCUGAUAUUAGAUCUAAGGUACCUGUUGGAACCAAUCGUUGAAGACAUUGAACGUACAUCGGCCCAAAGAAGAAAACUGCACAAACACGUGCAACUACAAAAGCUAAGGCAACAACAGCAAAAGCAACAAUUGCAAUUCCAAAAACCAUUCCCCAGAAACAUCGCUUGUGCUGGCGCAGGUGAUCGUAUCGUCAAUGCCAAGAGCUUAGAACAUAACCGUAAUACCUCUGUUUCAUCAGACCUAAGUUCUGCGACUUUAGUUAGUGAAAAUAGCAGCGAAGUGGACAUAUGGAAUAAAUCAGAUCUACCAUCAAGACCAAUUUCAAGAUUACCAAGUGUUAGUACGAUGGAUUCGCUUGACCCAUAUGGAAUGUACCUGUGGCAGUAUGAACAAGAUAUGUUACUGCAACAGCAGGGAUACUAA